CACCAUCUCAAUUGUUCCCCUUCCUCCCCUUGACUCUCGACUGUGCUUGAUCUUUCGAACCAACCAUGGCACCCGGGAUCCAAACGGAUCUCCCGAUCCACCCCCACCCCCACCCCGCAUCCGAAACGUCAGACUACCCGACGCCCUUGCAGCUCAGCGGCGCCCUGGACCAGUUCGCCUUCGAGGAAACGACCCCCGUCAUCGGUCGCGAGUUCCCCACCGUCAACAUCGUCGACGAUCUGCUCAACGCUUCCAAUGCCGACGAACUCCUCCGCGACCUCGCCAUAACCAUCUCCCAACGCGGCGUCGUCUUCUUCCGCGCGCAAGACAACCUCACCGACGACCUCCAAAAACAGCUCAUCCAACGACUGGGCGAGCUAACCAACAAACCCAGCACCUCCACCCUCCACGUCCACCCCGUCCUAAACAACACCAGCGAAUUCGGGGUCGCGGACGCCCAAAUCAGCACGAUCAGCUCCCUCGCCCGCAAGAAGAUGUUCCGCCACAACCACCAACCCAACCGUCGGCGCUACGACUCCGCCCAAUGGCACUCGGACAUCCAAUUCGAGCCCGCCCCAGCCGACUACACCUCGCUGCGCCUGACCCAACUCCCCAGCACGGGCGGCGACACGCUCUGGGCCUCGGGCUACGAGCUGUACGAUCGGUUCUCGCGCCCGUAUCAGAAAUUCUUCGAGGGGCUGACGGCCACCUUCGUCGGGGAUGGGUUCAUCCAGGCUGCGGAGCGCGACCCGGAGAACGUGCGCAUCUAUACCCAGCCGAGAGGAAGUCCGUUGAAUGUGGGCAGCGAGUUGAAGGCCGUUCAUCCGAUCGUGAGGACGAAUCCGGUGACCGGGUGGAAGAGCAUUUUUGCCCUCGGGCCGUUUCCGAAAUACAUUAAUGAGUUGGGGGCGGAGGAGUCGGAGGAGUUGUUGACUAAGUUUAAGGCGCUUGUGAUGGAGAAUCAUGAUUUGCAGGUCAGGUUUAAGUGGAGGAAUCAGAAUGAUAUUGCGAUCUGGGAUAAUCGGAGUGCGUUUCAUAGCGCGACGUUUGAUUAUGAGGGGCUUGGGGAGAGGUUUGGGCAUCGUGCCGUGGGGAUUGGGGAGAGGCCGUAUUUGGAUCCGAAUAGUGGGUCGAGGACGGAGGCGUUGGCCGCGAAGGCGGGGUGAUUGUGUUUGCAGGACCAUGUUGGAUAUACUUGAAAGUGAUCUUAUUUGGUUGUACGGAGUCCAUCCAGACCAUUACUGCAUGAUAUGUACGGACGGAACCUCCCAUCUCGAUGGCUAUUUACGAAAUCACCACAAAACGGAAUAAGAUAUCACCAUAACUUUUAUACCUCCCUCGGAC